AUGGAGCAAUAUUCCCCUCCAAAGGGAGGACCUACUUCUCCCAUUGCCUCUCGUGAACCUCGACUGCAUCUUCCUUCAACGACUGACCCUCCAGGUCCACAGAAGCCACCCAAACCGCUUGUAUGGCUGAUCUUUGGCGCGACAGGCCACAUGGGUCGUUCACUUGUCAAAACCGCCCUAUCGCGCAACGACCUUGUAUCCGCGGUAGGACGGACGUACGAAAACAGCCCAGAAUGCAUGAAGGAACUAGAAGACGAGCAUGAGAAUUGUCUGGGUCUAUUAUGUGAUGUACGAGCUAGAGAAACCGUGAAACGAGUGAUAGAUCUCACAAUCGCGCGAUUCGGGCGCAUCGACGUAAUCGCCAACUGCUCUGGUUACGGUGUGAUCGGGGCAUGCGAAGACCAAGACGAGUUUGACAUCCGAAAUCAAUUUGAGACAAACUUCACUGGUACUUUGAAUAUGAUACAGUUGUCUUUGCCACAUUUCCGGGAGCGGCGCGCUGGGCGAUAUCUCAUUUUCAGCUCAACGUCUGGCGCGCUUGGGGUGCCGGGGCUUGGGCCAUACUGUGCGUCAAAGUACGCAGUUGAGGGACUUAUGGAGAGCAUGCUGUAUGAGGUGGACAGCUUCAAUAUCAAGGGCACGCUUGUCGAACCGGGUCACAUGCGCCGUGAUGAUAUAGGGGAUUUGGUCUCGCCGUCCUUCAUGGCCGCUAAUCCAUCCGAGCAUAAUCUUUCCUCGCCGCUCCCGCUAUACGGUCAUUUUCUAGUGAAACCACCCAGUUGUCCUUACAAUACAUCGACUUCGCCUGCAGCGCAUGCCAGACGAAUGCUAAUGUGGCUGGCUGACAAGCAGCCUGCGUCUGCGGUGAAGGCGGCGCAUCUGGUCUGGGAACUGGGACAUUGCUCGUACCCACCCCUACGUCUUAUACUCGGUACAUAUGCUGUUGAGAGUAUUCGUGAUCGGUUGAAAUGCAUUAUUGAAGAGAUCGAAGACUGGAAACACCUCAGUUUUCCACUGGGAGAGUCUCAACCCGCUGUGGUCACUCAGGAGAGAUCAUCUACGCAGACAGAAGGGAACGAUGGGGGCAAUAAUGAAGGAUGA